GCCCGACGGUUUGAAGAUGCGUCAACUGACAGCAAACGAAAAUUGGCCCGAUCACCAGGGGACUGGGCAAUGCCAUUCAAACGGCGUCCUCCCACUACACCAGCCACAGCGAAUCGGCUUAUUUCCAGACAUUUGGGUUUAAAGACGCUUCAAAAUUCGGAAAAAAGCGCCCAGGAGGCUCGUGAUCGACAACUAUUAGAAGAAGCCCGUGGUAAGAAGAAUUAUUGUAUUUCAUAG